AUGUCGUUGAGGCCAAAUGCUAGAACCGAGGUCCGUCGCAACCGUUACAAGGUGGCGGUGGACGCCGAUGAGGGUCGGAGGAGGAGGGAGGAUAACAUGGUGGAGAUCCGUAAGAGUAAGCGUGAAGAGAGCCUCCAGAAGAAGCGCCGUGAAGGCCUUCAAGCUCAGCAACAGUUCCCCACUCCUCUUCAAACCAACUCCAUUGUCGAGAAGAAGUUAGAGAGCCUUCCUGCGAUGGUUGCUGGAGUAUGGUCAGAAGAUAACAACCAGCAAUUGGAAGCAACCACGCAGUUUCGAAAACUGCUUUCAAUUGAGCGCAGCCCUCCUAUUGAGGAAGUUAUUCAAGCUGGAGUUGUGCCUCGAUUUGUGGAAUUUCUUGUUAGGGAGGAUUUCCCUCAACUUCAGUUUGAGGCCGCAUGGGCUCUCACAAACAUAGCAUCUGGAACUUCUGAGAAUACCAAGGUGGUGAUUGAUCAUGGGGCAGUUCCCAUAUUUGUCAAGCUGCUUAGUUCGCCCAGUGAUGAUGUUCGGGAGCAGGCAGUGUGGGCGUUGGGAAAUGUUGCUGGUGACUCCCCCAGGUGCCGUGAUCUUGUUCUUGGCCAUGGGGCCUUAACCCCUCUGUUGGCCCAGUUGAACGAGCAUGCAAAACUUUCAAUGUUGAGAAAUGCAACAUGGACCCUGUCAAACUUCUGCAGGGGCAAACCACAGCCUCCAUUUGAGCAGGUCAGAGCAGCACUUCCAGCUCUAGAGCGAUUGGUAUUUUCCAAUGAUGAAGAGGUCUUAACAGACGCUUGCUGGGCGCUAUCAUAUCUUUCGGAUGGAACAAAUGACAAAAUUCAAGCUGUUAUUGAGGCUGGUGUAUGUAGCAGACUGGUGCAGCUCCUUAUGCACCCAUCCCCUUCAGUGCUGAUUCCUGCACUUCGCACAGUGGGAAAUAUUGUAACAGGAGAUGAUAUUCAGACUCAGACUAUCAUUAAUCAUGGGGCACUCCCAUGCCUUUUGAGCCUAUUGGCACAUAAUCAUAAGAAAAGCAUCAAGAAAGAAGCAUGCUGGACCAUAUCGAACAUUACAGCUGGAAACAGAGAACAGAUACAGGCUGUUAUUGAAGCUGGUCUGAUUGCCCCCCUUGUCAAUCUUCUUCAAAAUGCCGAGUUUGACAUUAAAAAGGAAGCGGCUUGGGCAAUCUCAAACGCCACAUCUGGUGGUACCCAUGAGCAGAUCAAGUAUUUGGUGAGCCAGGGUUGCAUUAAACCUCUCUGCGAUCUGCUUAUUUGCCCCGACCCAAGAAUUGUCACGGUGUGUUUAGAAGGUCUUGAGAACAUUCUGAAGGUUGGGGAAGCUGAGAAGAGCUUGGGUAACACUGGAGAUGUCAACUUGUAUGCUCAGAUGAUAGAUGAUGCAGAAGGAUUGGAGAGAAUUGAAAACCUGCAGAGUCAUGACAACAACGAAAUAUAUGAAAAGGCAGUUAAGAUUCUUGAAACUUACUGGUUGGAAGACGAAGAUGACACACUACCUACAGGCGAUGGUGCUCAACCUGUUGAAGACUUUUGUUUGGGUAAAACGAACCGGGUUGGAAGGAGCAGGGUUGAUGCUAGGGUAACUGUUGGAGUCGAGUCUGGGGUGGGGUUGGGGGGUGAGUUCGGUCAGUUUGGUCCCUUGCACUUGAUGGUGUCUGGUUUAAGUCUGGUCUUGUGUCCGUGGUUAAUGAAGUGCAAGGGUGGGUCAGUUUAA